UUGAUUAAUUCACCGGACGGAAGUGUCACAACUCAAAAGCUAGUAGAAGCUCCCUUCCUAAGCACUGUCAUCCCUGGCCAUCCAGAUCUAAGCUCAAGCCUGUGGUGUGUGCAACCCAGAUUUUGGAAGUCUGGUGUCCAUACAUUGCUGGUGAGAAAGGAAGGCCGAAUUUGCAGAUGGCACGGGUAAAGGCAGUACAUCUGAGCUCCAGGUACUGAACUGAAGGCUGCAUAUUCCCAAGUCACAGAUCAUAACAACUACAACGAAGUGUCUGUCUACAAAUUAAGAAGCAGAGACUCGGAGAGGCUGGAGGGCUACAGCUACUAAACUUGCUUCACAGUGGAAAGAGAUAAUCACACACGAAAACACUGGCACAUUACGGCCCUGUUAGUUGCAGGAAAAUCAUGGUCGGUAUGGAAGCUGCUGCACUGUCUGCUUCAAUCACCACAACAUUGAAGAUUGUGGGUAACAGGUUAGCUCCACUGGUCAUCAAAGAGUACAGCUCUAUAGUGGGUGUAACAAAGGAUCUCAAAGAGCUCCAAGAUCUAGCACAGGAGUUCAUGUGUCACAGGAAUUUCAUUUCGAAAAGUUCAUCCAGAAAUUGUUUGAGGCUUUUGCUGAUAAAGAUCCCGGGCAGCAUUCCCUGCCGUAUAUGAGCAAAAGAAUCCAAGAGGGGUUGAGUCAAAAGAAGUUCCUGAUUGUAAUGGAUGACGUUUGGACAGAAUCCCAAAAUCAGUGGGGACAAAUAAUGGGGCAUCUGAAAACUGCUGCACCUGGAAGUAGGAUUUUACUCACUACUCGCAGUAGAAAUGUUGCAGAAGCAGUUCGAUCCACAUACCAGUAUUGUGUGCCACGCUUAUCGCCGGAUGACAGUUGGCAGCUGUUCCAACAAAGCUUUAGGAUGCCUGCAAUAUUUUUGGAGUCUAACUUUAUAAUGGUUGGAAAAGUGAUUGUGGAAACAUGUUGCGGGUUGGCACUAGCAAUUAAAGUUCUUGCAGGUUCUCUUGGUGGUAAGGAACUAAUAGGAGAGUGGCAGGCCAUGAGAGACAUUUUAUCAGAAGUUGAGGGUGAAGAAUCAGUAUCUAAAUGCUUGAAGUUGAGUUAUUUCCAUUUGCCAUCCAAUCUGAGGCGGUGCUUCACAAUGUGUUCAUUGUUUCCAAAAGGUCAUCUGAUCUAUAAACAACAAUUGAUUGACCAAUGGAUUGCUCAUGAUAUGAUCAUUUUGACUCCUGGUGUUGAUGAUCUGGAGCAUAUUGGCCUCAUAUACUUUAGUUCACUUGCGAAGUGUCUUUUCUAGAAGAUGUAGAGGAAACUAAUGGGAGAGUGAGCUGCAAGAUGCAUGAUUUGGUUCAUGAUCUUGCCCGGGUCAUCUUGUCUGAGGAAAUUUCAACUGGUGUGCCAGAGGAUGAAACCAGUUCCACAAAAGGCUGCAGAUACUUUUGUUUAACUAAUAUUCAAGAACCAAGAAAACUUUUGCCUGAAAAGGUUUUUGAUAAUGCACGUGCUGUGUAUGUUGAUAACAGCGAUACUAUAAUAUCUGGCAAGGCACUAAAAAAGGCAAAACACUUGCGUAGUGUUAUUGCAGAUCAUAUUAUAUCAACAGCUGUGCUCUCGGCCAUAUUUGAGGUUAAAAAUCUGAAAUAUCUUGAGAUGACUCGAUUGCAAUGUGAAGCACUCCCUGAAGCUAUUACAGAUAUUUGGAGCCUGCAGGCUUUGCAUCUAACAUACAGUGGUCUUCUCGAGAUGCCAAAAUCAAUUUGUAAGCUACAGAAGUUAAGAACGUUGAACCUAUCUCAUUGUGAAGAAAUGAAAUGUUUACCAGAUUCAAUUGGUAACUGUAGAAUGCUUUCAAGCAUUGAUCUUUGUGAUUGCCAGAAGCUUAUAGCCUUGCCAAACUCUAUUGGCAGAAUUGAAAAGCUAAGAGUUUUGAGACUAGGUCGCACCAAACUUAAGAACCUACCAUCAAGUAUAAAUACACUGAGAAAUCUGGAGUGUUUGGACCUGUUUUGUUGUAGGGAACUGGUGGAGCUUCCUGAAGGCAUUGAUAACUUGCAGAAGCUUCAAGUUUUGAACCUCAAAAAUUGUGAGAGGCUGGUAGAGCUACCUGAAGGCAUCAGCAACUUGGAGAAGCUUCAAAAUUUGAUCCUAGAUGGUUGUUCUGAAUUGGGAGGUAUGCCUAGAGGCAUCGGACAGCUGAAUCGACUGCAAAAGUUGGGCUUAUUUGUUGUGGGUGAGGGAGAAAAGUUUGCAGGAAUCUCAGAGCUUGCAAACGUAGGUGGGAAUAGUGAAGAUCUAAUUGUCAGAGGUAUUGAGCAUGUGAUUGAGCCGCAUGAUGCACACAAGGCAUGCUUGAAACAGAAGACAAAUAUACAGAUGUUGACCCUAGACUGGAAUAGGCAUGAUGGUAUUGGUGAGGCUAACACUGAGCUGCAGCAGGGUGCACUUGAUGGCCUGGAAGUGCCGCCUGGAAUUAAAAAGCUGGAAAUUCGUGGGUAUUCAGGUAGGCAAUAUGCACGGUGGAUGUAGAAUGAGGUUGGUGGUAGAGGACAGGGGAUUGCUCACUUCUCAUUUUUAAGGGUGAUGAAUCUGUCUGAUUUCCCAAUCUUGAAGCAGUUGUGUGGACUUAUGGAGCUUCCUUGUUUGGAGGAGCUUGUGCUGAAUAACAUGCCUUCUCUAGAGAGGAUAAGCGGAGGCCCAUUUCCUUCACUGGUGAAGUUAGCUAUGUAUAGCCUGCCUAGGUUGAGAGAUGUAUGGAUAGUAACAAAGACGACCAUGUCUGAUAGAGAAGAGGGAGGAAGCUUUAGCAAUUGCAAAUAUCACAUGGGACAAGAAUUCCGAGUUGGCAACUGCUUAUCGUAUUUGAUUGUACUUUCUUGUCCUAAGUUGAAGGUCAAGUCAUACCUUCCUUUGUCACUGCAGCUAUUAGGUGUGUACGGUAUUAGUGAGCGGCUACUGGAAUCACCACGCCGAUGUGAGGGGUACUCUUUGCCGUUUAUUUUUAGCCACCUGAAGAUGCUUAAUCUAUGUCAGAUCACAGAAUUUGGAUAUGGACCAGGGUCUGGACGUAGGUGGAAUUUGCUGCAACACAUGACAACGCUUGAGUCAUUGAAGAUUGACGACAACUUUUUUCAACUAACCGAACUACCAGAGAGCUUGGGGAGCCUCCAUUCUCUGCAAAAGUUGACCAUCAACUCAUGCAAUAUGAUUAGGCUUCCCCAAUCAAUGGGCCAUCUCACAUCCCUCCAUUCUCUGGACAUAUGCAAUUGCUCUGCUAUUCACAAGCUGUCUGAGUGUCUUGGGGAACUCUGUUCUCUGCAGCAGUUGAUCAUUCAGUCAUGCGACAGCCUGAGUAGCCUUCCCCAAUCAAUGGGCCACCUCACAUCCAUCCAGGAGCUACGAAUAGAAGAGUGCCCUGCACUUCACCAAUUGCCUGAAUGCUUGGGCGAGUUUUCUUCUCUUCGGACUCUACAUGUAAGAGACCUGCCCAACAUAAAAAGCCUUCCCCAAUCGCUCCAGCGCCUCACAUCUCUGCAGGAUCUCAUAAUUUAUGACUGUGAUGAACUUCAAGAGCUGCCUGAAUGCCUGGGAGAUCCCCGCUCUCUACAGAAACUAGAAAUUUCUGGGUUGCCGAGGCUGGCAUGCCUUCCUGAAUUCAUGUGCCGGCUCACUUCCCUUAAACAGCUAUGGAUCAAAAACUGCCUGGGCCUCACAUCCUUACCGAUGGGGAUGAAAAGCCUUUCCUCCCUUGAAAAUCUAGAGGUCAAAUGGUGCUCGGGAAUCAAAUCCUUGCCAGAGGGCAUAUUUGGCCUCCCCAGUCUCCAGACACUGGAGAUCUCUGAAUUUCCAGAAAUCAAAUCAUUGCCGGAGGGGAUAAAGUGCCUCACCAGUCUGCAGAUAUUGCGGAUCGACAACUGUCCGGGAAUCAAAACCUUGCCGAAGGGCAUAAAAAGCCUCACUGCUCUGAAGCAAUUGUGGAUCCAUGGCUGCUCUGAUCUGGUGAGGUCCUGCGAGAAAGGAAAGGGGGCAGACUGGCACCUCAUUUCCCACAUCCCUGAUCUACUGAUUUAUUAAGUGGCUGCCUGUAGAGGGUCGCCUGCAAAAUAUUCCAGGUCCGGUUCCAUGCACCACAUGCAGCUGUGCUCGUACAAUGCUGUCUGCUCGAGGCUUUUGCAUAUGUUUUCACCCUUACUUAUGGGAAUCCACUUUCCGGUUGCAAGUUGAUGUUCUACAUAUUCAGAAGGUCCUUGUUACGCCUGCCUAACAGAAAGCAUCAAGUGGUUGCCAGUAAGCAAAUCACAUUUCAAGAUGCAAAGCAAGAUGAAAGACCUGCAAGGGUGAAAACACAACGUAUAUGGAGAUAUUGAGGCCAGCUUUGUUUCGAUCUUUUGGUGCUGCUAAUAAUCCAUACCUGUGGAGACGAAUUAGAAAGCUUUCUUUCGAUCAAGUGGGCAGCCCAAAACGCUAUGGCCUAUGGGGCGUCCUGGAGCUCUGCUUUGCCAUGAAGUGCAUUACUUGUUGCGUACUACUUCCACCUUGCCUGCUCUCAAGUGCUGCAGCAAACUUCCUUUGGUACCUGAUGACAUGAAGUAAUUUGGUGGACUGCACCUUUUAUUAUCCAUAGAAGCAUGUAACAUUCAGUUGUAUCAACUAUCAAGCCGACAAGUCGCCUCUGUUAGAUCCAACGCAUUUGUCAGAACAAGUAGUGUUUACUUUUUCUCUUUACAUAUGAAAUUAGAUAUAGUUCAGAAGAAAAACGUUCUGUUCUGAUGUGCAGGUAACAUGAUGGGCCUGCUUAUCAUCAGUUGAGUCCAGUUCAUCAUGGACAAAAAGGACACGUAGUAGUCAGUCAGGUACUCGGGUGAAAAAUGUUCCUGUUCUUCUCUGACAGUGCAAACAGUUGUGACGAAAAUAUACUGAUGCAAUGCAACCACCAGGAGUAAGGCAAAAUGUUCCUGUUC